AUGCACUUCCAGUCGCGCGUAUCCACAACCACCGUUCACGAACUCCUCUUCGCUGACGACUGCGCCCUGAACACCACCUCGGAAGAGGAGAUGCAACGGAGCAUGGACCUGUUCUACGCUGCCUGCGAGAACUUCGGUCUGGUCAUUAACACGCAGAAGACGGUGGUGAUACACCAACCGCCACCCCACCCAGUCACAGCCCCCAACGCUCCGCCGCAAAUCAGCGUGAACGGAACCCAACUGCAAGUAGUGGAGAACUUCCCGUACCUGGGCAGUACUCUCUCCUGCAACACCAAGAUCGAUGACGAAGUCGCCAACAGGAUCUGGAAAGUCAGUAAAACCUUCGGUCGCCUCCAAUGCACAGUUUAAAAACGCCACGGUCUCCAGCUGAGCACGAAGCUGAAGAUGUACAAGGCCGUCCUCCUGCCGACACUACUGUAUGGAGCGGAGACUUGGACGGUGUACGCAAAGCAGGCACGUCGUCUGAACCACUUCCACCUCAGUUGUCUUCGUCACCUCCUGAGGCUGAAGUUGCCGGAUCGAAUCCCCAACACUGAUGAGCUGGAACUGACGGGAAACCUCAGCAUCUACGCCAUACUGAGGCAAAUUCAGCUGCGCUGGAGCGGCCACCUGGUGCGCACGGACGAUGAGCGAUUACCCAAACGACUCUUAUACGGAGACAUCGCGACGGGUUCUCGACGUCAAGGAGGCCAGAUUCGCCGUUACAAGGAUACCCUGAAGUCCUCCAUGAAACGCGUGCAAAUUAACCCGACCGACUGGGCGGAACUUGCACUCGAUCGACAGACCUGGAGGAGGACAGUGAAAACAGGCGCUGCGAUCUACGAAACCAACCGCAUCGUAACGUGAAGCCCGCAAAUCACAACUCCGCCUAGUCCGCAACACCGCCGCACAAGCGCUUUCAACGUGUCCUCGAUUUCAAAGUACAUUCCGGGCUCGAAUCGGACUUGUUGGACAUCUUCGGAUCUACUGCGCCUCUCGAACAUCACCAACCAUCGUCUCCCCGCCCGCCUCUUCCUCCUCCCCUCCGCCGCCUCCUCCUCCUCCUCGCCCACUGCUCCAAUGGCAGCCGCUCAGGCGACUGUCCUGCGCACAACAACCGACACUUCCACCACCUCCUCCGACUCCAGCGAUGAGGAACAAGACUACACCUGCACUCACUGCGACCGUACCUUCACCUCACACAUCGGCAUGGUCGGUCACUUGCGAAUCCAUCGCACAGACACUGACGAACCAGUGCCUGAAGCACCAACCUACACCCGCCGCACUCACCUUUACUGCCAACACUGCCCUCGCACCUUCAGGCAUCGCAUGGGUCUAUUCGGCCACAUGCGCAUCCACGAGAGCGGCCUUGACCGCACUCCAGACACACCCACAACAUCCAACACCUCCACCGUGCACACCCCCACCCUCGCUCCAUCCGUCCGCGCCACCGACACCACCACUUCCGCCUCCUCUGUAGCUGACACUGACACCGCAGACUUCUCAUGCCCACACUGUUCACGCACAUCCACCUCACGCAUCGGCCUGGUCGAUCACUUGCAAAUUCAUCGCACAGAGACUGGCGAACCAGUGCCUGGAGCACCCACCUAUACCCACCAAGCUCGUCCCAACUGUUUACACUGCCCUGGCACCUUCAGGCAUCGCAUGGGCCUAUUCGCCCACAUACGCAUCCACGACAACCUGCGGUAG